AAAAAAGAAAAAAACGCCUUAACUGAAAGCUUCUAGCCCUGUACGUUCUGCAGAGAAAGAAAAGGAAAAAAUGUACCAGACGAAGAAGCUAUGGACUCCUCUUUCCACCAUUGCACGCAGGGCUCUUCCAACGACAUGUCAUUUAACUCCUUACUCUCCAAAUUCACAAAUUCGAUCCUCAUCCUCUCCCCUGGAAACUUCUUCCAGGGUUUCUCUUCCCCUACACUACGGCCUCGGAAAUUUAAAAUUUUCCGCGAAAGGUUUCUGCUCGCAAUCCGCCGCGAAAGUCGAUGCUACAACGAAAAGGUGCUGGAACUGUGACGCCGUCGCCGCUGGAAUGGUGCCGUUCUUGUACUGCGAUUCCUGCCGGAGCAUUCAGCCCGUUGAUUUCUCCGUCGAUUACUUCCAGAUUUUUGGACUGGAAAAGAAGUAUGAAAUUGAAGUUGCUGGUUUGGAAGGGAAGUAUAAAGAUUGGCAGAAAAAAUUGCAUCCUGACCUUGUUCAUUCAAAAUCCGAGAAAGAGAGAGAAUAUGCUGCAGAACAAUCUGCUCGUGUUAUUGAUGCAUACCGCACACUUAGCAAGCCGUUGGCUAGGGCAAUAUACAUUUUGAGGCUUGAAGGAGUACAUGUUGAUGAGGAACAGACGGUUUCGGAUCCAGAGUUGCUCACUGAGAUUAUGGAAAUUAGGGAAGCUGUAGAAGAGGCCAUGGAUUCACAAGCUCUAAAUCAGAUCGAAUCUCAGAUGAAGGAGAAAUUGGAAGGAUCGUCCAGCUCCUUUGCAAAUGCAUACCGAAGCAGGAAUUUUGAUGAAGCUGUGACUUGUAUCCAGAGAAUGACGUACUACCAGCGUGCAAAUGAAGAAAUUUUGAAGAAGCUUUAACAUAGGCUCUUGCUGCUCUAGCAAUGUUGCUAUGGAGUUGACAACCUUAAAGCUCUAGGAGAUGAUAACUUAACAAUGAGUGUAAAAUUUGGUUGAAGACUCCUUGGUUCCAUGGAAGUUAAACAUGCAUGAAGUGAUCUAAAAUAUGAAGGCCAAAACGUUGGAUUGGAUGGUAAAUUUGUUCUUUUCAUGGUCAUUUGUUGACAGCUGAACUUGCUGGGUACAGCCGUUGAAUUCGAUCAAGUGCUUGUUUCAAUAAGUGGGAAAUAGUUA